UAGCUAGUAAUAUUCGACGGAAGAUCAUAAUUGCGCAAUAUGGUUUGCAAUCCUUGACUGAGGACGAUUAACCUAUUAUAAGCCAAGGGGGUACUUCAAUUUUCCACCGAAAGUAAUGAAAAUUUAAUAAUGUUAGCGCAGUUCAGGGAAAAAAUAUAGUGUUUUUUUUUAAGUCCAGAGGGAAAAUGGCAUGGAUCUACAAGAAAAAUGUACAAUCGUUAAUAUUUUCCGCUAUUUACCUGAAGUAGUAAACAUAGGGGGCUUAAGUGGGCUAUACAUUGUUUUUGACUAUAUUGUUGUGGAGGCAAAAAAACAACAAAGCUGCAGAAUGGAAUGUGCAAUUUGCGCGCAAGCCCCAAGGAAAUACAAAUGCAACAAGUGUAUGGCUCCCUACUGUUCAGUGAAGUGCUACAAGGUUCACGUGGACUCUAUGGAGUGUACGACAGCUCAACAAGCAGCGUCUUUGAAAAACGAAGACUCACAGAACAUUGUCGAGGAAGAACCCACACUGCAUGCCCCCUUCCCCAGCGAUGACACUGUGCCGCCAGAGAAGCUGCAGGAGCUAAAUACCUGCGGGCCCCUACGCCAGCUGCUCAACAAUCCCCACCUACGGGGUUUGCUCAAACAGAUCGACGUGGCGCACAACGUUCAUUUGGCCAUGACAGCGGCCAUGCACGAGCCGCUCUUCCUCGAGUUCGCUGACGCGUGCAUGCAGGUCGUGGAGCCCAUGUCUCUAGCGGAGCGUAACGAAUACGAACUAUGCUCUUAAAAUUUCAAGUGAUUUCGUGUCUGUGUAAUUAAUAAAUCUUUAUGUAAUGUUAA